UUUGAUUACAAAAAUGUCAACAAAUUGAUUAUGUGGUUUUAAAAUGGGAAUGGGAUGUUCUUGCAACCCAGUCAUGGGGCUCAAAACCCGUCUCCAAACAUCAGCUGAGCGACGGAAGCAUCUUAGAAGAAACUGCAGAUGUAUGCAAUGGAGGCCCAGUUGCUUGAUGAUAAGGAGGAGGAAACGACAGGAGAAACCUAAAUGCGCAUGCAUGUGCAAACGCAGAUGCUGUGGUCAGGAUAUGCCUCAAGCUACGUGUGAGGGCUACGUCUGCUCUAGUCCUGAAGCGUCACCACCAGCUAAAAACGUCUGCCGAUUCACUAGACUCACGGCGUUCUGGGCUGUGGAGCACUGCCAGAGUAUCCUCGGAGCUGAUGCUGAUGAUGAUGAUGAUACGGAGCACGACUACACGCGCGAACUAUCACAAAAGGAACGGUCUUUCGAAGAAAUGAACGUCAUAGACUCGAUGAGCGCGUGA